ACGUCACUUCCUAGCAACAAGCCAACGCGUCCUAGCAACCUUCGGUUCUGCCCACAGAUGGAAAGUUGGCUGGUUCUGCUUGCAGCUCGUCCAGAACCCGCAGAAUCACCAGAACACAGAGGUCCGAACGGGAUUAAAGUGUUCAGGUCCACAUGGAUGACACUCUCAGGCCGCUGAGGAUUCCCCCGCAGAUCAGCGUCUAUGCAGACAAGCACAACGUGUGUCACCUGGUGCAGAGCAUGGUCACGGCGCUGGUGCUGGAGCAGCCAGAAGAUCCGGUCUCCUACCUGCUGGACUUCCUGCAGAGGAGCAGCCCUCGGUGUCCCAGAGUCAUGCUGCUCGGCCCUCCUGCUGUCGGUAAACGCACUCUGGCCAACAGGCUGAGCGCCACGCUGGAAGCCGUGCACGUGUCAGCUGAGCGCGUGCUGCAGGGCCAAUCAGAGCAGGAAGGUUCUGCUGAGGUUCUGGUCCAGUUGCUCCAGCGGAGACUGAAGGAGAAGGACUGCCUCCACAGGGGUUGGGUACUGGAGGGGUUCCCUCAGACUCGUCUUCAGGUUCUGCAGCUCCAGCAGGCUGGGAUCAUUCCAGAACACGUCGUGAUGCUGGAGGCUCCGGAGGAGGUUCUGCUGGAGAGGAGCCGAGGGAAGCUGAUCGACCCCAUCACCAGCGACGUCUACCAUCAGAUCUUCGUCCGGCCAGACGACGACACCGUCGCUCUCCGCCUGGAGAGGGGGCGGGGCCUGUCUGACCAGCAGCUAUUGGCUGAGCUGCAGCACUACCGCUGUGAGGUCACCGCUCUGAGAUCAGCCUAUCAGCACGUCCUGAAGGUCGUCAACGGCGACCAACCUCCUGCUGACGUCUACCUGGAAGCGCUGACAUUUGUCCGGAGCCACUGCCACUUCAGAACUCCCAGAAUCCUCCUGCUGGGCCCGCCAGGGUCCGGGAAGAGCCAGCUGGCCCGACUGGUGGCGGAGAAGUACAAAGUGGUGGACGUGAGCUGCGGCCGCCUGCUGAGGUCUGUGGCAGCGGAUGGUUCUGGUCGGGGAGCAGAGAUCCAACCGUACCUGGAUGACGGACGUCCAGUUCCAGACUCCCUGCUGCUGCCGGUUCUGGAGGACCGUCUGAGCCGAGUGGACUGCAGCUGCAGAGGCUGGAUCCUGCAUGGCUUCCCCCACGACCUGCAGCAAGCCGCGGUCCUGCAGGAGUCCCAGUACCAGCCCAACCGGGUUUUCUUCCUGGAGGCGACUGAUGAGGCGUGCCUGGAGAGAAUCUCCCUGAGAGCGACAGACCCAGUCAGUGGGCAGAGGUACCACGCUGUGACCCGACCGGCUCCAGGCCUUGAGGUCCAGAACAGACUCCAGACGGCUCCAGAAGACGGGACCGAGCCGGUGACCCAGAGGCUGAAAGUGUUCAGGAUGCGCUCUGCAGCCCUGCAGUCUGUGUAUCCAGAUGCUGUUUAUAUUGACGCUGACCAGAACCCGUACUCUAUGCUCGAGGCCCUGGAGAGCCGGCUCUACACCAGCUGAAGCCUGGACUCACCUGGACUCACCUGGACUCAGCUGGGGUCUUCUUCACUUCAUGUUUUUGAAUAAAAUCCUUUGUUGUUCA